AUGGCUUUCUUCCCAGGAGCAACAAAAGAUCAGAUGCGUGCUGAUCAAUUAUUGAAACGACGUCAACAAGAACAUGAACAAAUGGAAAUGAAGAAGAAAAAAAUUGAAGAAGAAAAUCGCAUGCAAGCAAUUGAAGAAAAAUUCAAGGCUCAUUACGAUGCUGUUGAACAAAUGCUCAAAACAGAUACAGUUGGCUUGGUUUCAUUGGAUGAAAUGAAGAAGAAACAAGAGGAAAUGAUUAGCGCACGUGAACAGCAAUUAGCAAGAGAAAAAGAAGCUAAAUUAAGUGAAUCAAUGAGAAAUAAACUAAAUAAUCGGAAGGAUUUGGGUGCACAUCAACGACCUAAUAAAUUAUCAUUUGCUGAUGAAUGGGACGAAGAAGAAGAAGAACACGAUAAUAAUGAGCCAACUAUAACAAAACAACCAAUCAAAAAUGAAGAGCCAAUCAUCAGCGAUGAUAAUUCACUAUCAAAUGAUGGACCGAAAACCGAAGAUGCUGAUAGUAAUGAUAGUAUAAUAGAGCAGGGUCCAUCGGCUGCUGAACUUGAUCGUCUUGUUGCCGCAAGCAGAAAAAAGCGUCUUGGAAAAAAUCCAGAUGUUGACACAAGUUUCUUGCCAGAUAGAGAUCGUGAAGAAGAAGAGCGAAUAUUACGUGAAAAACUUCGUCAAGAAUGGGUUGAAAAGCAACAAAAAUUAAAAAAUGAAGAAGUCGAUCUGGUAUUCAGUUAUUGGGAUGGUUCAGGACAUCGUCGAUCUAUUCGAGUUAAAAAGCGCAUGACAAUACAAAUGUUUCUUACAAAAGCACUUGAAAUUCUUCGCCGUGAAAAUAUCUUUAAUGAAUUAAAAUCAGUGUCAGUCGAUCAACUUAUAUUCGUCAAAGACGAUGUUAUUCUUCCACAUCAUUAUUCAUUUUAUGAUUUUAUUGUAACACGUGCACGUGGUCGUACCGGACUCUUGUUCACGUUUACCGAACCACUGAAACCAAAUGCUAUUGUCGAAGUACCAGCAACAGCGACAACAAGCACGGGAACAAACGUUAUUGAGCCACCAUCAUCACCCACAGCAGCAGCAGCAACAACGAAUGAGAUUACAUCAGCAGGACAAGCAAUAUCUCACGCAGGAAAGAUUUGCUUACGGGCAUGGUAUGAACGGAAUAAACAUAUUUUCCCGUCAUGUCGCUGGGAACCAUUUGAUCCUGAAAAACGUUGGAAUGCACAUGAACAACCGAAAAAUCGUUUUUGUAUAAAAUAA